AUGCCUCGCUCGUUCUUAGUGAAGAAAGUGAAACUGGACGAUUUCUCUGCAGCAGAGUUGGAGAGCUCGUAUCACAGCAGAAGAGAAGAGAUCAGUCUGCGAUUCCAUCAUCAUGACAAAGGCUACGUCAGCGAUUACCUGAGUCCAUCUCCUUAUGAUGAUGUGGUGGGAAGUGACUCUUCUGUCAUCUCUAAAGUUCCCUCCCCUGACCAUUCACCAAUCAUCUAUAGCCGCAUCGAUGACACCUAUUCUGGCAUACAUGGGGAUAUCCACGGUGAUUCUGACCAGCCAGACAGCCCGCGGUCUGAGGUGUCAUCAUCAGCUGGUGGAUACAUCAACGGGGACGCAGCCGUGAGCGAUGGAUACUCAGUGGACGCAUUUUUCAUCAUGGACGGACGGUCAAGAAGAAAAGCUGCUGCAAGCCCCAGAGGAGCAACCCAGAGGCACACCUGCAGUGAGUGCGGCAAAACCUACGCCACGUCCUCCAACCUGAGCCGGCACAAGCAGACACACCGGAGCAUCGACAGCAAGAUGGCCAAAAAGUGCCCAACAUGUGGGAAGGUCUACGUCUCUAUGCCGGCAAUGGCCAUGCACCUGCUUACCCAUGACCUCAAGCACAAGUGCGACGUGUGUGGCAAAGCCUUCAGCCGGCCAUGGCUGCUGCAGGGUCACAUGCGUUCACACACAGGGGAGAAGCCGUUUGGGUGUGCGCACUGUGGAAAGGCAUUUGCUGACCGGUCGAACCUGCGGGCUCACAUGCAGACGCACUCGGCCUUCAAGCACUACAAGUGUAAACGUUGUGACAAGACGUUUGCACUCAAGAGUUACCUGAAUAAGCACUACGAGUCAGCAUGUUUCAAAGGGGCAUUCUCUCCGAUUAGCUCGCUGGGGGAAUGAUAAAGUUAGACAGGUGGACUGGACUUUUUUUAGGUUAUUUAAAUCUGAUAUUGCUGGCCGCUCUUCCUUCUUUUCCUGCUUUCCCUACAAAAAGACCAGUAUGCCUGAGCACUAAAGAGAAGCGUGUUUUCUCUGCAAAUAUCAUGGAGCAUACGACAAAAAUAGAUUGAGAAGUAGUUUAAGGACAUGUCUGUUUCUAUCAAGACCCUCCUAUCUUUCCAUUGUCUCCUCUUUCCUCAUCUGGAAGUAGAGUACAAAGUUCUUGAUGCUUGAUUUAGAAUACCACCUGCGUCAAUGAGAUAGGUCCCGUUUUAAGGCUGUUUUGAGUAUCUCUGAAGAUAAAUAAAGCACAGCACAUCUAGCUCAUCACUUUUGAACAUACCUAGAUCUAUUU